AUCAUCUCGUUCCCAAAAACAAAGCCUCUACCCCGCUCUCUCUCUCGUGUUAGGGUUUCCAAUCCAUUACCCCCUCCACCUCUCCUCUUCCUCUCUAGGGUUGGGGUAUCGAUCCACUCCCUUCUCCUCCUCCACUCUAGGGUUAGGGUUUCGAUCCAAACUACGACCCCGACGACGAUGAGCUCCUCGGGAUCGACCAAGGGCGGGCGCGGCAAGGCCAAGGCGACGAAAUCGGUCUCACGGUCGCAGAAGGCAGGUCUCCAGUUCCCCGUCGGCCGCAUCGCCCGCUUCCUCAAGGCCGGGAAGUACGCCGACCGCGUCGGCGCCGGCGCUCCCGUAUACCUCUCUGCAGUCCUCGAGUACCUCGCCGCCGAGGUUCUUGAGUUAGCUGGCAAUGCUGCAAGGGAUAACAAGAAGAAUAGGAUUGUGCCACGGCAUAUACAGCUUGCUGUGAGGAAUGAUGAGGAACUGAGUAAGCUUUUGGGGAUGGUGACAAUUGCGAAUGGUGGGGUUUUGCCCAACAUUCAUCAGACUUUGUUGCCCAAGAAGGCGGGGAAGGAUAAGGGGGAACUUGGAUCGGCAUCACAGGAGUUUUAGAUUUGUUUUAGCUAUAAAUAAUUUGAGGUCGGAUGGAAAGGUUUUGUUGUUGGUGUGGUUUCCUUUUUCUGGGUUAUGGUUUGUAAUGUAAGGAGUGGGUUAGGAAUAUAGUGCUUUUUGAUCUUAAUUAACUACAGUUUUUAAUGUCUUGAAAGCUAAAACUACUGGUGUGAAAGGAUGUGCAUCUUAGAUGUGUAUUUUUCA